UUUAACUCCCUCUUCACUGAAUAAGCCAAGUUUCAGCAAAGAGAGAACAAGCAGAGAGCAGAGAUAGUUAUCUCUGCAGAGAGCAAGAAGGCAUCCAGAGGUGUCACGUCAUGCCAAAGAAAAUACAAUUUCGAGUUGUGUACUGCACCGGUUGGGAAGAUGACUACCCUCCAAAGGACCUGGAGGUACACAGUCCAUUCAUCAAGGGAUGGAGAUCUCCAAGGUACUGCCUCUACCCCCAGGAGCUGGUGCUGCGAAUGGACCCUCCUGCAAGAGUGAGGAAACUGCAGCUUCUCUCACAUCAAUACAUGAUUGCUUCCAAGAUUGACCUGUAUGUUGGUGAGCUACCUUCGGACACUCACACGUCUCUUGAGGCUGCCCACUUCAAGAGGCUGGGUUACGUCUCACUGUCGGACAAUGAGCAGACUGGAUACAGGUCUAGAGAGUUGAAAUCUGUCAAUCUGGACUGUGCUGGUCACCUCAUCAAGCUGGUGCUGCAGCCCAACCACAUCAACAGGCUCAACCUCUUCAAUCAGGUGAGCUUGGUGGCUCUUAAUGUGAUUGGGGACCAACACUCGUUGCCUAGAGUGGGAGUGAGCAGCUCACUACCAAAACAUCCCAGUCACUACAUCGAGAAAAGCAAGGCAGAUCCUCUGUCUGAAGUGAUCCACUCGUACCUGCCCUCCGUGCACCAGUCACAUGACAAUACCGGGGACCCUAUUCUCAUGGGAACCAUCAACAAACCUGCCCAUAUUUCCCUCAUGGAUGACCUCUGUUUUGCUGUGGCCCAAGACCCACAAACUGCCGACCUCAUCAGAGUCUUAGACACCAAGAAGAAAACUGCAGUUAGAGACGAAGAGUUUCAAUAUGCUAAGCAGCUCAAACUGGUCAUUGAAGAACUACAAAAGAUUGGAGAGGUCCUUUGCAGAUAUGAGGUGGAGAAGAAGCUUGCCAUAGAGAGAGAAGACUACGACACAGCCAAACAAAAGAAGGCCCAGUUGGAUGUUAUACGGAAGCAAAUGUAUGAGCAACUAGACAUCCAGGGCUUAAUGAACAAUGGCUCAGCUCGCAGUGGGACCAGUGCCCUCCAUCACGAGAGCAGCAGUCAUCCUAGAGUCAAACGAAACACACCUUUUGAUCUCGAACAACAACAACAAGAGUCUGCCGGUGUUGGGCGCACCCCCCUCAACCUGCCCCCCAUCAGCCCUCGAGGCCCCACAGAGCAGGUUUCCCCCCUCAGCCUUCCCCCUAUCAGCCCUCGGGGCCCUACGGAGCAGGUUUCCCCCCCUUCUCGCACACACCAUACCGAGGACAGACCACUACCGGCUCUCGUUUCCAAGGCAGAUAAGUUGGAGACUGCGGAAGAAGUGGAUGCCAACGUCAGUGGUGAGAAUGGUGGAGCUCGUGAUGGUGGUGACCCUGGUGAUGGUGGUGAUGGUAGUGGAGCUAGUUACAGUGGUGACCCUGGUGAUGGUAGUGGUGCUCGUGGUGAUGAUGGUGGGGAUGUUUCCGAUAAACCUGAGCCAUUAUCAGAAGUGCAGCUCAACAAAGUCUCUGUAGCCUUGGAUUUCUUUGGAAUGGAACUGUUAGAGCUGAUCUUCUCGAAGCAGUAUAGUUUCCGUGAGAAGGGACUGACAGAGUUAUUAUCUGUUCUGGAAGGGAAAGGGGAGGAGUCCCGUAAAGAGACUAACAGUCUGGUCCGAGCGUCCUGUGAGGUACUGAGCAAGGCACUCAAGGACAAGGUCAUGUCGACAUUUGGGCUUGGUCUUGAGCUGCUGAACCACCUAGUGGGACCCUUCGCCCAAAAGCACAAACUAGGAAAAUCAGAGCUCAGCUUAAUCGUCGAUAAGGUUAUGCCCCUGCUGCUCAGUAGAACUGGAGAUACGGCACCCAGGAUAAUUGCUGCAGCGAUUAACCAGAUCUCAGCACUGGCAGAGCACCACCAAAUCAAGACCUAUGCUAUGGUAGGCCCUCUACUGGUCCAGCCAUUCAAACAGAAGAAAAUUCCCUGGAAAUUGGCCCAGAGUCGAGUGGAACUGUUAGACAGGUUCUAUCACAAUGUCGGGUUUGAGUCCAGUGGAAUCGACUUCAAAGUUGUCAUGAAGUUUCUGAAUCCUCUGCUGAGUCACCCUAAUGGCACAGUGAGAGAGCCUGCCAUCAAGCUGGUUCUUGACCUGUACAAGCAGUAUGGCAACGAAGUCCGGCUGCUGCUACCAGUACCCGACGAUGCUGCCUCUCGUAGGAAGACACUCUGGAAGACCAUCUUUGAGGGCUUUGAUCGUAUCGACGGAGUGCCAACACAGGCAGAGAAAGAGGCUGUCCGUGUGGCUGCUGAGAAAGCCAAGAAUAAAGAGAUUCAGAAGCUGCAAGGAGAAGUGGAAGCCCUUCGACAACUGGCUGCUCAAGGAAAUGUUGUGAAGGAAGAGGAGGUGGAGAGUGUAUCGGAACAGGCCUCUGUCUCAGCGGGUGGCCCCCCCACGGCGGACACGAGUACAGAGGACAAUAGCACUACCAGUAAAACCAGUGACAAUAUCGACACGACGUGUGUGUUCUGUGGAGAGCAGCGUAGAGAGUUUGCUGAGAGUGGGAUGGAGUCGCACUACCUCCAGCGCUGCCCCAUGCUUCAGUCAUGUCCUUACUGCUCUCAGGUGAUAGAGAUUUCUGGACUCACAAAGCACUGGCUGAAUGAGUGUGGGGCAAAGUCAAAGUUCAAGGAGUGCCCUCACUGCCGAGAGGCGCUCCUAGAAAAACAAUAUGAAGGUCAUGUGACCAGCUGUCGGGGGAAGACGCUGGCGGGCGGGCACACUCUGUGUCCUCUGUGUCACUCAAGAGUGCAGGAUGGAGAGGAGAGCUGGCGGGGUCACCUAAUGGGCAAUGCCCCGAAGGCAUGUCAGAAGAACCCUCGUAGGAAAGGGGCUCCCCCUAAGAGGCCAGUCGGACUGAAGAAAACUACUACUGGUAGAGGAACAAAUAUUCCCAAACCAGGGGGGCGGGGCCCUAAUAAGAUUAGAACAAAGUAACUGAACCUUUUUCAUCCCUCAUAACGCGCAAUUUUGCGUAUGUAAUAAUUAUCUGAUUAUCAUUCAUUAUUCAGUUCAAUUCUUACACUCUGUGGCCUUAUACGUAUAUACAUAUAUCGUACCAUUAUACCAUUAUACAUGACUAUAAUAUUAUUAUAUAAUUAUUAUUCACUGUUA